AAUGAAAAUAAUCCGUAAGAUCAAGUUUUAAAAUUUAUCUCUUCAUAGGAAGAAUUCUUCCUCUGAUAUUAUAAGGUGAUUUAUGAAGAGUGCUGUGUAGGAAUGGAUCGAAAGAAUGAAAGCCAUUUUGCUCUGCACAGGUCACACAGGGAGGAUGGCAUGUUUUGACCCUAAGCACGGCUCACGAGCCCUUUCAAUAAUCUUGUUUGUGAUACUUGUCCAGUUUCUGUGCGGUUGACUUUUGGGAAUUCUUGACUUUUAGCAGAUGCAGACCAGAUGCAGAUGUGUGCGGGGCUUUCUUCGCUUCCCAAGUCGGCUUGGCCUUUGGUCCUUCUAUCCUCCGACCUCUCCGCUGUCUGACCACGCCCCUCCGGACUGCUUCUACUCCCAGCAACUUUGCUUGGGAACAUCCACACCCUCUUCCUCCACCCCAGCUAGAACUUUUGGUCUGACAGAAGUCAAGCCUUUCCAGGACCUCGCGGAUGGCUUCUGCCUCGCUUGCAUUUUGCACUGGGGUCCUCCCACUUCCCAGACGUGCGGAGUCGUACGUCACCCACCUACCCCAGGUCGUGAGGCCCCUGGCCAGGAGAGGGCGAGGCCAGGUUCCGCGGAGUCUCGUCCUCUGUGGACUUUUGGUCCUUCGCGGCCGCCGUCUGGAGCAGGUGUAAAGGAAGUCUGCGGGGCUGCCGGGAAGGAACGCGGCUCGGAGACCCGCUGGACAUGGAAUUCGACUGUGAGGGUGUGAGGCGGCUGCUGGGCAAGUACAAGUUCAGGGAUCUUACCAUAGAAGAACUGAAGAAUGUAAAUACAUUUUUCCCACACUUCAGAUACUCUGUGGACACCUAUGUUUUUAAAGAUAGUUCCCAGAAAGACCUGCUGAAUUUUACUGGUACUAUUCCUGUGAUGUAUCAGGGUAACACAUACAACAUACCAAUCCGUUUCUGGAUUUUGGAUUCCCACCCUUUUGCUCCCCCCAUUUGCUUCUUGAAGCCAACUGCAAAUAUGGAAAUCUCAGUUGGAAAACAUGUGGAUGCCAAAGGCAGAAUAUACUUGCCCUAUCUCCAAAACUGGAGCCAUCCUAAAUCUGCCAUUGUUGGAUUAAUUAAAGAAAUGAUUGCCAAGUUUCAAGAGGAACUUCCCCUGUAUUCUACAGCAUCGUCUGGUGAAGCUCGGCAGGCAGACUUGCUAGCCUACAUUGCAAAAAUCACCAAAGGUGUUUCAGACAUAAAUUCAAAGGGCUGGGCAAAUCAUGAGACUAAAACACCCAAUAAAAUUACUGUGGUUGGAAGUGGAGAGUUGGGUAUUGCCUGCACAUUAGCAAUUGCAGCAAAGGGCAUUGCAGACAAGUUGGUCCUUUUAGACCUCUCAGAAGGGACCAAACAAGGGACAAUGGACCUCGAUAUCUUCAAUGUGCCCAACGUGGAGAUCAGCAAAGAUUUGUCUGCCUCUGCUCAUUCCAAGGUGGUGGUCUUCACAGCCAACUUUUUGGGUAGUUCCGAGUCCUAUCUGGAUGCAGUGCAGAAUAAUGUGGACAUGUUCAGAGCCCUUGUCCCAGCUCUGGGACAUUAUAGUCAGCAUGCUGUCUUGCUUGUCGCUUCUCAGCCAGUGGAAAUCAUGGCCUAUGUGACGUGGAAGCUGAGCACAUUUCCUGCAAAUGGAGUGAUUGGAAUUGGAUGCAACCUGGAUUCACAGAGAUUGCAGUACAUUAUCAGGGAUGUUUUGAAGGCACAGACUUCUAGAGAAGUGUGGGUCGUUGGUGAGCAGGGAGAAGACAGAGUGUCCAUGUGGAGUGACCACGAUGAAGCAACAAGCUAUGGUGCUUGGGCACAGCUGUCCAACAGAGCCAUGGAACUUCUGAGGGUGAAAGGUCAAAGAUCCUGGUCUGUUGGACUGUCAGUGGCUGACCUGGUAGAGACUGUUGUAAACAAUAAAAAGAAAGUACACUCUGUGUCAGUUUUAGCACAGGGAUAUUAUGGUAUAGAUAAUGAAGUGUUUUUAAGUUUGCCAUGCGUCCUUGGAGCCAGUGGAAUAUCCAAAGUCAUCACAAGCACCACAAAAGACACAGUCACUGAGAAGCUCCAGAGCAGUGCGUCCUCAAUCCACAGUCUCCAGCAGCGGCUGAAACUUUGACUCUCAGAUGCGUUUGCCUGAAAGGGGGAAAGGGUGUUUUAUUUUGCCAGUAUGUAUAUUUUUGAGAACUUCACAGCUUAUUUAUUCUUACAAACUGCUUUUACGGUACAUGGUUUCUAGUUAGCUUUAUUAUUUGAAUCCUUGAAAAGUUAGAUAAGAGGAAAAGAUCUAAUUUUCUUUGUAAAUUCUUGACAUACCUAUACUGUUUAAGCCUGCAGCAGGGAUAAACAUUCAUUUUCAAUGUAUAUAAUUUUAAAUUAUCCUAAAUUCAAAGCACAUCCAGCACUUUGGAGAUGUCUUGGAAGAAACACAUUUUUAAAUGAUUCCUAUUAGGUAUUUAUGCUAAACAUGAUAAGCUGAAAACCCAAAACUGCCUUAGGUACAAAAUUCAUGCUGGGUACAUACUCAGAGACCUCUUGGCUUAAAGUAUUAACGUUGCAUUUACAAAAUACAAUUGAGGGACUGGAGAGAUAGCCCUGCAGUUAGGAGCACUGACUACUCAUGCACAGGACCCAGGUUUGAUUCCCAGCACCCACAUGGACAACUGUCCAUAACUCCAGUUCCAAGGGAUUGGACACCUUCUUCUGAUCUCUGUAGGCAUUGCAUGACAUGGGUGCCCUACAUGCAUGCAGGCAAUAUACUCAUACACAUAAAAAUCAAAAUACAGUUGAUAAUAAUGGCAAAGCAUUUCAUUUUCCUUCUUAAAAUUCAUUUGCUAUCAAAAUCUAGGAUGAAUUUUAGUAUGUACUUUAUAGUAAAA